GCCAGAUCGUCUCUCUCUGAAAAGCUCUGCUCUCUUUUUCCCCUUUGUCCCCUCCACUUUACUGUUCACGAAGCCGCCCGGAGCUUUCACGAAGGAAUCUAUCAAAGAUUCAUAUAGUGCCGAAUCACAAUGCCAGAAGCAAGAGACCGAAUAGAGAGACCAGUUGAUUACCCAGCCGCGUUUCUCAACAGACGCUCGAAUGGCGUUUUACUUGACGAACCAGCGACGCAGCACAGUUUGUUUGGGUCUCCGGUUCAGAGAGUGCCGCCGGAAGCGACAGGACUUGGGUCAAUUGGUCAAGGAUCUAUGACGGGAAGAGGUGGGCUUGUGAGGGGCAAUUUCGGUAUUCGGCGGACUGGUGGUGGUAGAAGAGGUCAAAUUCAAUUUAGAUCGCCGCAGGGACGAGAGAACACUAGCUUGGGUGUUACGAGGCGUGGAAGGGCUCGUGCUGCAACUUCUGUGUUGCCUUCUUGGUACCCAAGGACCCCCCUCCGUGAUGUUUCUUCUGUUGUUAGGGCUAUUGAGAGAAGGAGAGCUCGUAUGGGAGAAGGCGUUGGCCGAGAUAUCGAGACCCCAACUCCACAACAGCUUGGGGUUCUUGAUUCUCUAGUACCACUGUCAGGUGCUCAGCUCGAGCACGACUACUCCAUGGUCACUCCUGGUCCAUCUGUUGGGUUCAAGCGUCCCUGGCCACCCUCAACUGCUAAAGUCCAUCAGAUUCUCCUCGAUAUCACAAGAGAGAAUACAGGUGAAGAAGAUGCCCUCACUCCACAGAAGAAGCUCCUCAACUCUAUUGAUAAAGUGGAGAAAGUUGUGAUGGAAGAGAUUCAGAAAAUGAAGAGCACUCCUAGUGCUAAGAGAGCAGAAAGGGAAAAAAGGGUUCGGACGUUAAUGUCGAUGCGAUGAUAUCCCCAUUUCAUACUCUGAAAGAUGACAUUAGGAAUCAGGAAAUAAAGGUGCCUGCACAGUGAGUACAUCAUCUUCUGAUGAUAUCAAAGAGAGGUGGAUCAAAAAAAAAAAAAAAAAAAGAGAGGUGGAUCAUAUACUGGUGAUAUCUUCAGGAGCGUGUGGAUUUGUUAAGACUUUUGGGUAUCAUUGCUCUGAUGAUAUACUACUGGAAAGGGGUCAAUCAUCACUCUGAUGGUCUAUUAGGGAGCUUCUAUCAUUUUUCUGAUGAUAAAACAUAGUAAGAGAUUCAUCUUCUGAUGAUAAUAUCAUUAGGGAGAUAACUGUUAGAUAGUUCACGGGUUGUUUGUUGGAAACCUUUUUUGUUUUUAGGUCUUUUGUAAUUUCGGUCAAUAGAGAUGUAUGAUGAUAUCUUCUUGAUUCAAGUAAACAGAUUGUACAGACGUUUUCACGUUUGGUUUUGUUGGCCUGAGAUUUCUUGAGUA